GGCGGAUUUUGUAUUGACAAUUUGGCCUCCGUCAGAAUUGAAAAUUCCUAAAACCUUCCUCGUACGUCCAGAUCCGAUUAAAGUCUCCCCAAUUUUGUAGGAUUCAAGAUGAGCGAUUUAUUGCUGGGGUUGACUGGAUCUCGCCAGGAUUCCGCUGGAAACCGGCUUUCCAGCCUGAAGGCCCACCCGAACGUGACAUCGGUACCUCCUGGUUGCCACCCGGGAGGAGUGCAAGUUAGAACGGCAUUCCAGGGUCGUCACGCGCUUUGAUCGAGGCCUUUCGUUGUAGCCGUUCUCAGUUCUCAAAAUCUUCAAAUUGCGCUCAGAACUGAUCGGGACGUUAUUCUGAUGACUUUGACUGCAAUAAUUACUUCUACUGCUCCUCAACUUCCUUCGCAGUUCUCAUUGGCUCUUUCUCCAAGACUCUUCUCCUCCAUUUUAGCUCGUAUCUUGAGUGCACCUUUUGCAACUCAAACCAUAUAAACUCCUUCAACAUUCACAGUACAGUAUCAAACAGCUUACAUGCAGUCUAAGCAGAUGAUCUGGGAACGGUGACAGCCUAUAAAUUCGAAGAUUCUUUCAACUUGUGUGUUUCGAUUGAUACUGGUGGUCUAGAUUCCCAAUCCAAACAAUUGACAAUUCAAUUUUUUGAUAGUGAACAAGCUUUUCCUUUUUUCUUCUGGACUCCUUUACACCACUCUGGUGAGAGCGGUGAGACCUGCAAACACUUCAUCAACACGACCGUCUAUCAACAAUCUGAACAAAAGCAGUCAGGCAGUACCAAAUUUGCACCUUCGGGCUGCCAACAAGUCCUAGAAUCUUGGGAGUGGAUUGACAACAAUUACAGCAAAGGAAAAAGUUUGAGAAAUCCACUUAGGAACAAAGACAGUCACCAUGAAGUACAUGAUCGCAAAGCCGUCCGAGUAUCUAAUUGUCACUGGCUCGGGUAUCACUGACAUCAAGCUUGCCAAGAAAGGAUGGAUAUGGCCGAUGCAGUCCGCUCGGACCUUCGACAUAAGCCCUAUGAACUACUCGUUCGAUGUUCAAGCUAUGAGCAUAGAAAAGCUUCCAUUUACACUACCUGCAGUUUUUACGAUCGGUCCCCGGGAUGAUGUCGACUCGUUGAAGCGAUACGCAAAGCUGAUUGCGGCCCAUGACAUGUCCGGCAGUCAUGUCACGGACUUGAUAAAGGGAAUUGUGGAGGGAGAAACGCGUGUGCUUGCAGCCGGCAUGUCCAUGGAAGAAGUAUUCAAAGGAACGAAGGCCUUCAAGCAAGAGGUUUUCAACAAAGUGCAGCUCGAGCUUGACCAGUUCGGGCUUCACAUUUACAAUGCCAAUAUCAAGCAACUCGUCGACAUCAAAGGUCACGAGUAUUUUUCCUACUUGGGUCAGAAGACCCAACAAGAAGCAGCGAACCAGGCUAAAGUGGACGUCGCAGAGGCGAAGUACAAGGGAGACACAGGAGCGAAAGAACGAGAGGGACUAACGCUCCGAAAUAAGGCUAAGGUCGAAGCAGAAACCAAGAUCUACACUAAGAAUCGUGCUUCCGAGGCCCGACAGCAGGAAGUCAAGGUCGAUGCUGAAACGAAGAUCUUUGAAAACUUGCGAGAAGCAGAAGUUGCAGAAGCCAAUGCGACAUUGGCGGCGCAAAAAGCACAGUGGGAGCAGACCACGAAAAUCGCUCAAAUCGAAGCUGACAGGACAGCAUCUAUUCGAGACGCGGAGUUGACGAGGGACUUAGAGAAGAAGAAGGCUCUAGCAGAAACCGAGCGGCUCAGGGGACAAGCACUCGCGAGGGCAACGGUAGACUACGAGGUUAACGUGCAAGCCACGAAUGCACAGGCGUACAAGGUGCAGAAGGAGGCGGAUGCUAUCUUCUACACUCGCUCGACCGAGGCAGAAGGUGUUCAGAAAGAAGCUGAUGCCUUCCUCUAUCGGCAGCAGAAACAAGCAGACGCUCUUCUCUACGCCAAGGAAAAAGAAGCAGAAGGUAUUCGCAUAAUGGCACAAGCUCAAGCAGCUUAUGUGACGUCGAUGCUUUCAGCCUUCGAAGGAAACGUAGGUGCAUUCCACGACUUCUUAAUGAUCGACCGCAAGGUGUACCAGGAAAUGGGCCAGAUCAACGCCAACGCCAUCAAAGGACUGGAGCCGAAGGUUUCCGUCUGGACUACAGGAAACUCGUCCGCCGAUGGCAGCGCUCCAAGCGCAGCUCAACCUAUCGCAGACGUGUAUCGCAUGAUUCCUCCUCUCUUCAGUACGAUUAAGGAGCAAACGGGCAUCAAUGGUUUGCCAAACCAAGGCAUGCCAACUCUUCAUUUCAUGCCUCAGAAUGGCAACUCAGCCGUCGCAGCAAGAAAAUAGAAUCAGAAUUGGUCAAGCGAGAUGCAGUAGAUCCACGUGCAGCAGCAAUACACGCCCAUUGUUACAAUUCAGAUUCCCAACAAACAACGAUCAGAGAUGGAUUCGAUGCACAACCUUACGAGCUUGAAAUUACGACCUUCAUUGAGUAGGAAAGGGAGGAAACCAGCGUGGAGUUGCACCUCAGCAAUGCGGUUUUAGACGACUCAAGACAAAUCAAUUCGUAUGGAACAUCCAGAUGAAAAGUCACUGUGAAACCUGUAGAAAAGACUAACAUUACGUAAACUCGAAUACUCGUGUAUGAUAUCUUUAGCAUCUCUCGGUGUACAUACAAAGCCAGGUUCUUUAUCAAUUGAUUUUGUAUUUCAGCUCUGAUUCUUCCCUUCACUUCUCUUCUAAGCGUGAUACAUCCAAGAUGUGAAACCUCGUUUUCUCUGGAAAUUGAUCUCAAGAUAAAUAUGGUCCAAGCAAGUCCAGUUCAUCUUGGAACUGAACAUUUGGAUCGGUUAAGCUGUUGGCUUAGAUGAAUUAUUUAAACAGUCUUUCAACUAUGUAUGGACGAUAGACGAUGGUAUUGGAUUUAUGUUUCAUUAAUAAAGUGAAGGGGUGAAGAAGCUGAUGUGAAAAGCUUCGUGUUACGUGAGAAUGGUUCAUGUUUAUACAACAAG